GGCCUGAGCCGUAUCUGUGGGCCUGAGCCGUGUCCUGGGCCUGAGCCGUGUCCCUGGGCCUGAGCCGUGUCCGUGGGACUGAUCCGUGUCCUGGGCCUGAGCCGUGUCCCUGGGCCUGAGCCCUGUCUGUGGGGCUGAGCCGUGUCCCUGGGGCUGAGCCGUGUCCUUGGGCUGAGCCGUGUCCUGGGCCUGAGCCGUGUCCGUGGGCCUGAGCCGUGUCCUGGGCCUGAGCCCGGCGCGUCCCGUCGGGCCCGAAGGCAGCGCCACGGACGGGCCAAUGGGCGGCGGCGCUGCCGAUCACGUGGUGCGGGGGCGCGCAAGAUGGAGCCGCUCCCCGGAGCGGGGACUUCCGGGAUGGGCGGGGCUACGGCCGGAAGCGCGUGGGGACACGGCGCCGCCUGUUGAAGAUUGCCCCCCCCGCGUCGCGCGGCCUACUUCCGGCCCGGAGCCUGCGGGCCCAGCCUCGCGCCCCGGCGCCAUGGCCUGGCCGCCGCAGGAGCCCAUCACCUUCGAGGACGUGGCGGUGUACGUGAGCCGUGCGGAGUGGGAGGCCAUGGCCGCAGCCCAGCGGCGGCUCUACCGCAGCGUCAUGGGCAACAACUACCGGCUGCUCACCUCGCUGGGCUACCGAGGCCCCAAACCCGACCUCUUGCACCGGCUGGAGCGGAGGGAAGAGCCGUGGGGCUGCUCCCCACAGAGCCCCCAGAGCUGGGACGGCCCCCAUAGCCCCUCUACAGGCCCUGGCGUGGAUGGGAGCUGGAAGGAGGAGCCUCCCCUGGGCUGGUGGGUUGAGGAGCCGCAGGAGAGGGCACAGACCCCCUGCCAAGGCUGGGCCGUGCACUGGCGGCUGCGCUGCAGGCGGCUGCUCCGGCAGCUGGGGAGCUCCAGGGGUCCUGCCGCAGCACCUGGUGCAGGAGCAGGGCCGGUGGAACCGCGGGAGCGGGCGCUGCCACACAGGCAGGGGCAGGAUGAAGACACCAAGGCAGCACCACGGGAGCAGCCUGAGCAUGGCAGCUGUGCUGCGAGCGCCCGUGCCGAGCAAGGGGAGGCCUGGCUGCCCCGCGGCCGCAGCGCUGAGGCUGAGGCGGUUCAGAGGGAACACAACUACUGUGCCAGGGCCGUGCGGUGGCCGCGCGCCCUGCGGGACCAUGGCUACUGCCGGCGGCGGCGUGGCGGCGGCGUGGCACGCGGGGACCAUGGGUACUGCCUCCCGCAGCGCGCGUGCCGGCUGCUGCUCAGGGCCCGAGCUGUGCUGAGCUGGGCCAGGCGCAGGGGCCGUGUCUGGAGCAUCAUCAGGAGAGCCAAGAAGACGCUGUGGCAGCGCGGGGCUCGGCCCGGCAAGCGCCCCAUUCCCCCCCGGCGCUCCCCUGGUGCUGCCGCGGCCGCCGCGCUCGCGCCGGGACGCGGCCCCACAGAGAGAGCGUGGGCCAUGGAGCCAGGAGGAGGCCCGGGGGGGUCACAGCGGCGCCUGAGGAGCGCAGAGGGGCUGCCCCAGGCUCAGCCCCAUCCGCAGCAGGGCCGGGGACGUCGGCCCAGCCCCUGGCAGAGCGGCCACAGCCCGGCACCGCGUGGCAGGAGCAGCUGCAGCCCGGCUUCGCGGCGCCCGCAGGACGGUGCUGUGGACCGCGGCCCGGAGCUCGGCAGCUGCGCCCAGCGGCGGCUCAGGUUGCUCAGCACCAUCCGGAGCGAGAGGUGACCCACGGCUGGGCGGCGCCAGCCCCAGAAGCUGCCUCCCCACAGCAACCCCCACGGGCAAAUAAAGGCCGUCGCCGCGCGUGCAGCCGCGUGUCCGCCGGGGGGGGCCCCUGCCCGGGCUGUGCGGGUCGGUCCGUGCCCUCAGGCUGCCGCGGCCUCGGGCUGAGCGCCGCCCAAUGGCAGCGCGCGCCGCGGGUCACGUGCGGCGCUCCAGCCAAUCGCGCGGGGCCGGCUCCCUCCCGCCCCCUCUUACUUUCGUUUUUG